AUGUUUCACCACGCUAUAAAUUGCACCAGGCCCGGGAUCUCAAUUACUUCCAAUGUAGACUCUCCCCUUCCACUGCUGUUACACCAACUAAAUAUGGACAAAUCGAGAUAUGCCCCUCGUACACCAUCCGCCAUCAGUACACCUUUAGACAACUUGAAACAAACUAACGAGGAGAAAUUGAAGGCGGGCAAAGAAAAGGCCGCUCGGCUGUUGGUACGAGUGCAAUGGAAAGCAGAAACAUUAAUGGAUUCAUAUAUUCGAGCUGUCAACAUUGUUAUCGCUCAUGAGCAAGACGGGUUCUCGAACGGCUACCCAGACCAAAAAAAUGCGUCGAAUGACUCGAGAGGUAGGCAGGCGGAGUCGAUGUUCAAGGUAGACUUUUUUGAGUUCUACACUCUCCUAGAACGUUUCAUUUCCGCAUGCCUGGAGACCUUUAAUAUUUAUAUAUCCGGCACGCCUCCACAAACAAACGUGAACGCCUUGCGCUUCGUUACCAAUCCCGGACUCGCAAAGUCGCGCCCCGAAGCAUCUCAUGCGUAUCACGCGAACCUCCUGGAGGCACUCGAAAAGGAGUCUUGUCCACUGCACCAAUCAUUAGGAAACUCUGAAGUGCGGACCCAACUUGGCCUUGCUAAAGACUUCCGCAAUGCGUGGAAGGAUGUGGACGCUGAAAAGUCAUCAGACAGUCAUAACCACCAUCAAGAACGCAGAAAUAUUCGUCUGCAAGACCUGAAUUUACAGAAGAUGCUAGAGUCACUGGUGUUGGGGUGCAUUCAAGCGCAUAGUGUGAUGCAAGGGCGCUCAGGACCAGAGCUCAGCCACAUCACUAGCAAAGACUUCGUCCCUACCACUUAUGGUGCCGAUACUGAUAUGGAGGAUAUUCCGUUUGAAUACAUGGACGAUGCAAUGGAUCUGGACUGA